AUGAAUGAUGAUUUGGACUCAUUUGUAGUUUUCGAAAGCAGCAAUCAGAAAACUACGCCAAGAAUAAUCAUAGAGAAGAUGAGAUUCCUUAUUUCAGUCAAGCAUGAUGAUCAUAUAUUCCAAAGAUGUGCUGUAACUGCAAAAACUCCUGCCCUGGUUCCUGAAACAAAGCUGAACAAAACAAAUCGUAUUAAUGUGUCUGAAUGUGACAACGGAAAAUUCCUGUUUGCUCUUAAACGUCCAAGUAAUUCCUCCGAUCCAAAAGUGACAUAUGUAGUGAACGUUCAGUUUUAUUCCUUCUAUCUGGACAAUCCCGUAGCUUGCAGCAUCCCGUGGAACGUUUCUUAUCGAUUACCGACAGGACCUUCUUUUUCUUCAUUACCAGGUUGUUUCGCGAGGAUUGUACAACUUGUUGAUAAUGCUUUAUAUAUGGAACACAACUUUUAUUUCAAAAUAUAUGAUUGGAUUGGUUAA